AUGGGUUACCGUGGUAUUCGUAAACAUUUGAAACGGCUUCAUGCACCCAAACAUUGGAUGUUGGACAAAUUGGGUGGUGUGUUUGCUCCAAAACCCUCAUCUGGUCCACAUAAAACUCGUGAAUGUUUACCUGUAAUCAUAUUCUUGAGAAAUCGUUUGAAAUACGCUCUAACAUAUGAUGAAGCAAGAAAAAUAUGUAAACAACGUCUCAUUAAGAUCGAUGGAAAAGUUAGAACGGACUUUUUAUUUCCAGCUGGCUUUAUGGAUGUAAUUACAAUUGAAAAAACUGGUGAACAUUUCCGUUUAAUCUAUGACGUUAAAGGACGUUUUUGCGUUCACCGUAUUCAACCAGAAGAAGCUAAAGUGAGUAGUGAAGAAAACAAAAGUGAAGAGGCUAAAUACAAAUUGUGUAAAGUAAAAUCUGUUCGCAUGGGUCCAAAAAAAGUUCCGUUUUUAAUAACACAUGAUGCCAGAACAAUUCGUUAUCCUGAUCCACAUAUAAAAUCAAACGAUACUGUACAAGUUGAUAUCGCUACAGGAAAAAUUCAAGAAUCAAUCAAAUUUGAUACUGGUGGUCACAAUUUGGGUCGUGUUGGUAUAAUUCAAUCUCGUGAACGCCAUCCAGGAUCAUUCGAUAUUGUUCAUGUUAAAGAUGCUAGCGGGCACACAUUUGCCACUCGAUUGGCCUACGUAUUUGUCAUUGGUAAAGGUCAAAGACCAUGGGUAUCAUUACCAAAAGGAAAAGGUGUUCGUUUAACCGUAGCAGAAGAAAGAGACAAACGGUUAGCUGGAAGAGGGCAGUAA